AUGAAGAUUUCUUUCGCCAUUCUAGGGCUCACUGCCGGCCAUCUGGUUGGUUUUGCGUCCGCAGUGCCAUUCCACAGUCGGGGAGCACAGUCAAGCAGCUCGACUUAUGCCGAUGACAUGUUCAAUACAGCGAUUGAGUGGAACGAUGGCUUCUGGAAUGAGGACGCCGGCUACUUGGUUGCAGCAGCAAGCAAUCCUGGUCGAUAUGACACUCGACACACUGCCUGGUAUGCCACACAGCUUUUGGCUAGGAACGGACACGGGGAUGUGGCAAGGGCUGUGAGGAUCUUUGACAAUGUCAUUUCGGGGCAGUACCUCGAUCCCGCGGACCAGUGGUACGGCGACUACACGCAAUCCCCGUCGGCGCCGCAGCCAGGAACAACUGAAUAUCCCGAUGAGGGCCCGUACAGUUCGUGGGAUCCCAACAUUCGCGACUUCGUGGGCUGUGCUUGGCUCGUUGCGCUGAACGAUUAUGAUCACCUUCUCCCCGCUGAAACUGUCGCCAGGGUCGAAAAAUCCCUGCAUAUUGCAGCAAAAGGUGAUCUUUAUCGCGUCGGUGGUGUUGACGGAGACAACUUGUAUCCGUGCUACUCCAAUCCUUGGAUUAUGCGUACGAUUCUUCAAAACUGGGUCGGCACACGCGUGGGAGAUAAGAAUUUGACCCAGUCCGGUGAAAAAUUUGCCCAGGAGUUGUACGACCUGUGGAGCAUGUAUCAUACCCUGUCUGAGUUCAACUCCCCGACUUAUAGCGGAGUGGCCAUGUGGGCUUUGGCUCUGUGGAGCCAGUAUGCGUCCGACGGCAGUUUGUUGCAGAAGUACGUCCCGGAAAUUUUGACUGCGAGCUGGAAUGAGCUCGCCCAGCUCUAUAACGCAAACCUGAAGAAUCUGGCUGGCCCAUGGGAUCGCACUUAUGGUUACAACAUGAUGAGUUAUACUUCUCUGGUGGCGCCUGUAAUCUGGGGCGCUGUGGGUAAAGAAUAUGCGCCAUUUCCAAAGCAGAUAUCGGGGAUGUAUCACCAGGACGACUUUGCCUUCUAUCCCCUUUUCGCUCUGGCCAUGCCCGAAAUGCUCAAAUACUUGUCAGCACAGUCAAAGAAGAACCUGGUUGAGUUCCCCGGAGAACACCUCCAUACGGCCCAGGCUUAUUCCCCGCCGUUUGAUACGUAUCCGCGGAACAUCACAACAUGGAUGUCCAAGGAUUUGACCAUUGGUGCUGAGACCCUCGCACAGGAUGUUAUUGGGGGAGCUGCAAAAAGUACAAGUGCAUUCAACCCUGCGGUCAUCCAGUGGGCGAUCGACAACAGUCAGACUGGAUGCGUUACGCAUUGGGUGACCGAGUCGUCAAUCCAUGCAGUGGCUUCUCCCAAUGCACUGGAUAUCUCAUAUCCGAAUGCAACGUCAACAGACGGUCCGGUAUCUUUCAACUUCCUGUUUAGUGGCCUUGCUGUAAGCCACCGCGUCAAUGUCACUGGGUUGGAGGGCCUUCCUGGUUUGAAGUUGAAAGUGACGACGAACGCUCUAGCCGACUAUACCAUUGUCUAUGAUACUGACCAGUCAGUGAAUGACUUUAUCUUUUAUAACAUCACCUAUACUAUGCCAGAGCAAUUCACCGACACGCCGUUCAUCUCGCUUCGGGUUGUUUGA